AGACUUCGACAUGAACAGUACUCCUCGAUAUCGCGACAACGAAGAAGACCCGAUCGAAGACCAGCUAGAGCUGUCGGCUCAUGAUAUGUCGACCACACACCCUCAGUGGUAUCGUAGCGGUCCUCAAAGGCUCUGGCAUGGGUGUCUGAAUUACUGGCCCUCCAGCAAGAGCCCAAUGGACCGCAAGAGGCGAAGGCUACUGUGCAGAAGAGUAAUGAUCUUCAUCGUCGUUACAACAAUAUUGGGCGUUAUCUCAGCACUUGUUUACCUUGCGUUAGUCAGUGCGCUUCUACGAAGACUUAAUCCACCACCAGGCCGCAGUGGUCUACACCACAUCAUCGACCACUGGAGAGAACCAGAUGAUAGUGGUACACAUAUAUAUGAAUGGAGAGACGACUUCAGCCGAGAUAUCGUCCCAAAGAACUGCCACUCUCACAACGAUUACUGGCGUUCUGUUCCUCUCUACAAUGCCCUAGCAGCAGGGUGCAUUGGCAUCGAGGCUGAUAUAUGGCUGGCAGAUGACAAUGAGCUCCUCGUCAGUCACUCAUGGGCUUCGACGACAUUGCACCGAACACUUCGAUCCCUUUACCUCGAUCCACUUGCCAAUGUUCUUGACAAGCGCAACGCUACGGCUGCCUCUGAGGACAGAAAGGAAGUCGGGGUCUUUGACGCCGAUCCAACAGUAUCCACCAUCUUGCUUAUUGAUUUCAAGAACGACGAAUUCAAAACAUGGCCAGUCCUUCUUGAACAACUCCGGCCGUUCCAGGACAGGGAUUGGCUCACAUACUAUGACGGUUCGGUUCUACACCAAGGUCCACUCACCAUUGUAGGGACAGGGAGCACGCCAUUCGAGCUUGUCCAGCAGAACUCCACAAAUCGCAUCAUCUUCUUUGACGCGCCAUUACUCUCCAUAUCAGACGAGCAGUACAACACAACAAAUUCGUACUAUGCUAGCGUAGAAAUGAAGAAGGCGAUCGGCUCCAUCUGGUUCAACAAACUGUCGGCGAAGCAAGUCGAUAAGCUCACGGAGCAGAUACGUGCUGCCGACGCAAAAGGGCUGAAGAGCAGAUAUUGGGGCGAGCCACGAUGGCCCAUCAGUCUGAGGGAUAAAGUGUGGUUCAAACUGACUGAGCUGGGUGUUGGCAUGCUGAAUGUUGACGAUCUGGUAAGCGCUACGAGAUGGAAUUGGAAUUGGUGUAUCAUAGCUGGACUACGACUCUGUGGGAAUAGCUGA